CGACAGAAGAGAGAUGUAUAAAUAACUAGCUGCGUUGUGAUUUUUAAAAGCAUUGUUAAUCUGAUCUACCUCUUAGAACCAUCUGAUCGACCAUUGCAAUUAUGUAUUUUGCUUAUUUAUUGUUCCUGAUAUUGUAUUCUACUGGUCAGUGCUUGGGUGGUUGUUAUGAAAAUCACGAUGUUCCCAGAAGUGCUCGAAAAAGUAGGGGUUAACCGUGAUCAACGAGGCGGCUUCCCCAGGGCAAGGCCCUCCCAUUGCACUCCGGCUGGGCUGACCUUUGUGAUUAUUCCUGAUGCGAAUAACUUGCAAAUAUUGAUUUUCAAAGAUAAUCAGAUUGUACCAGAUGUCAUCAGCGUAGCCCCCGGAAAGUUACUUGAAGUAAAAUACAAGUCAAAUGUUGAAGUGAAACUGGGCAACGAGUUGCGCCCUAAGCAGGUCCAAGAAGCCCCAGAAGUCAAGUACGAAGCAGACGCAGGUGAUUACUACACUCUGCUAUUGACUGAUCCAGAUGCACCGAGUCGCAAAAAUCCAACUGUGAGAGAAUUCAGUCAUUGGCUGGUUGUUAAUAUUCCCGGAUCGAAAGUAUCUGAAGGUGACAAUAUCAGAGAAUAUAUGGGUUCAGCUCCUCCAGAAGGCACAGGCUUGCACCGUUAUGUAUUCCUCCUCUACAAACAAAACGGAAAACAGACGUUUGAUGAACCCCAUCAGGUCGCUACCGAUGGAAAUCGCGGGAGAUUUUCUACUGCGCAGUUUGCUAAAAAACACAAUUUGGGAAAUCCUAUUGCUGGCAACUUUUUCCAAGCUCAGUGGGAGAAGAGUAAAUAAACCUCAUUGAACCCGACAUAUUCCUGACAGUUACUCAAAACUUCAUCGAAAUCUGCAUUACUUAUACAAUACAUAUUUUCCAUUCCACUGGAAAUGGUCAAGAAACGAAAAAGUCAAGGUUGAGAGAAAAAAUUAUAUUCUUCUCGAUUCCCAUUAGAUUGAAUGUAAUUCUUAUUGAUCAUAUAAAUUAUUUAUAAUAAUAAUUAUAAUCGAAACAAAUUCCAAUUAGUAAACCACAAUCAUGAUAUAAAGCAAUGAACUUAAUUUUUAUUAGGAGUAAGAAUUGAUAAGGUUGGC